GCCCUUUGUACCUGGCGGCCUGAGGCGCCCCCAGCCCCUCGCUCAGCACCAGCCGAAGGCGCGGGAGGAGGUGGAGGCGCGACGCUUCCAAAAUGUCGCAGACAGCCAUGUCCGAGACCUACGAUUUCCUCUUUAAAUUCUUGGUUAUUGGAAAUGCUGGAACUGGCAAGUCCUGUUUACUUCAUCAGUUUAUUGAGAAGAAAUUCAAAGAUGACUCAAAUCAUACUAUAGGAGUGGAAUUUGGUUCAAAGAUAAUAAAUGUAGGGGGUAAAUAUGUAAAAUUACAGAUAUGGGACACAGCAGGACAAGAGAGAUUCAGGUCUGUAACAAGAAGUUACUACAGAGGUGCAGCGGGUGCUUUGCUUGUCUAUGACAUUACCAGCCGAGAAACCUACAACGCACUUACUAAUUGGUUGACGGAUGCAAGGAUGUUAGCAAGUCAAAAUAUUGUUAUCAUACUGUGUGGGAACAAAAAGGAUCUCGAUGCAGAUCGUGAAGUUACUUUUUUAGAAGCAUCCAGGUUUGCACAAGAAAAUGAGCUGAUGUUUUUGGAAACAAGUGCACUAACCGGGGAGAAUGUUGAAGAGGCCUUUGUACAGUGUGCAAGAAAAAUACUUAAUAAAAUUGAAUCAGGUGAACUGGAUCCAGAAAGGAUGGGCUCAGGAAUUCAGUAUGGAGAUGCUGCCUUGAGACAGCUGAGAUCCCCACGUAGAGCACAGGCUCAAAGUGCUCAAGAAUGUGGCUGUUAAAAAAAACACAACAAAACAAACUGAACACUUGUUCUAGAAACAAAAGAUGUCCAUGGAAUUGGUGUGUGUAGCAACAACUGACGCAGCUUGAAGGCUAUGCAGUUUUUUUAAAACAUCGUUACUACUGUAUGUGAACAGAAAAACCACUGCUGGAAAAACAGUACUGUAUGGUGGUAGGCAAGAAUGUGCAUAUGACAUAGCAGACUGCAAAACAAACCUGACAAUUCAGUGGACAAUACGAAGACUCACCUGUAUGUAAACAUUUUCCGUUACAUAUUUUUGUCACUCACCUUUAAAGUAUUGCUGUAUACUGUAUAUAAUGUAACAGUAAAUUUCCAAAGCAUGAUAUACUUAUGUUUGAUAUAAUAAAUGUUGCACUAAAAGCAAUUAUAUUUUAUUUUUUUAAUCAUAUUAACUAAAACUUGUUAACUGAGUUAGGCUUUAUCAUCAUGUUUGUGUUAAUUGCACACUAGGUUAUAUUUAUGACCUGAAAUACAAAGCCACUGGCACUGUUAGUGAUUUUCCUACUUCACUACGUUUGCCACAUUCUACAAGGUGUUUACAUGAUCCAUUCUUGAAGUACGGUGAGGACAUUACCUACGUUUACUAAUCUGUCAAAUUUGGAAUGGACGUUUUUAUUGAAGUGCAUCUGUCCUGUUUUCUGACAAUUCUUAAAUAAAUUUCUCUCAACUGUAUUUUUUUUCCUACUUUGUAGGUUAAAAAUGCUGCUGCUAAGUCUCUGAAAUGACUGCUGUCUGACCUUG